CACUCAUUCAUUGUUACUAUAUGCAUGCUGCAGAACAUGGCGAGCCCUCUAUCUCUAUUCCCGUCGGAAUCGUCAUAGGCCUGCUGGCCUCGUGCGUGCAGUCGCUAGGACUGACCAUCCAGCGCAAGAGCCACGUUCUGAACCAGGCGCUGCCGGACGGCGAGCAGCGGGUCGAACAUAGGAGGCCGCUCUGGCUGCUUGGUUUCGCUAUAUUCAUAUCCUCCAAUAUCCUCGGGUCACUAUUUCAGAUUGCAUCUCUACCCGUCGUCAUCCUCGCGCCCCUCGGAGCCGUCUCUCUCCUCUGGAAUGCCUUCUUCGCCCGGUUCCUCCUGGGGGACGUCUUCUCCCCGUGGAUGAUCCUCGGCACCCUGCUGAUUGCCGGAGGGGCGGUCCUCAUUGCUAUAUUCGGGAUCGUGCCCGAGCCUACGCAUUCACUUGAAGACUUGUUACAAUUAUUCAGAAGGCCGGCCUUCGUCGCCUACUUCUCGAUCUUGGGCUUCAUUGUUGUAGCAUGCCUGAUCAUAACCCAUAUCGUCGAGUACUCUUAUACGCGGCGUCGGGGACAGAUUGCACUGCCUGAGACCCCUCCCCUCUCACCUACUCUUCUCCCGACGGAUGCAGUCACCACGCAGGUUGUCACCGAACGCACCCCGCUAGUCGACCGCAAGCGGCACUCUUCCUCUCGGUCCAUCGCUUCCUCUUCAUCGUCGCAGUCGCCUCCGCCAAAGUCGAAGGCGGACCGGCGCACUGCGCUUAUUCUCGCAGUCUCCUAUGCAUCCAUGUCGGGUAUAUUAUCGGGAAUGUGUCUCAUCUUUGCCAAGAGCGGCGUGGAGCUUUUGAUGCUGACGCUCAAGGGGCACAACCAGUUCUGGAGAUGGGAGGCGUGGAUGUUGCUCAUCGGGCUGGGAGUAUUUGCGUUGUUGCAGUUAUGGUAUCUGCAUAAGAGCUUGGUGCUGGCUGACCCGACGCUCGUUUGUCCAUUGGCAUUCUGCUUCUACAACCUAUCGUCCAUCGUCAAUGGGCUCGUGUACUACGACCAGUUCUCUCUUCUUUCGACCUUGCAGCUACUGCUCGUGUCAUUGGGGAUAGUCGUCCUCUUGGCAGGGGUGUGGGUGGUGAGCGUAUACGCCGGAGCAGGCGGGGUAGACGUAGGAACCUGGAACGAAGAAGACGAACCCCUGGAAGAAAUCCAAAGCGAAGGGGUCCCAGAGGAGCAACGGUCACUGCUAGGUGAUGUUGUGGUAGAGGAGCCGGACGCGGAUGCGCUAGCGCAAAGCGUGGAGAUACGACCCGACCAUGCGCGCAUCCACACGGACUCUCUUGUGCUCCGCUCACCAUCGCUUUUGCUCUCGCCUCCUCGACGGAGUCGCCGAGUUCCGUCCCACUCACCUGCAUGCCCGGAUAUACAUGCAACGACUCACACCUAUCCGCUGUCGCCGCCGCUGCCAGUGCCAAGCUUCUCGAUCGGCUUGAGUCCGGUGAGCCCCGGGUUCACGGUCGUGCCGAGGGAGAGGAGAAGAAGGGUGAGCGGGAUGGGGUCGAUCUCCGGGGACAGCGCAAGAGCGGUGGCGAUGCGGAGGUCAGUUAGCGACGGGGAUGCGAGCGUGCGGUCGCGGUCGACGGAGGACGCGAUGAGCGGUGGCGAGGAGGCGAGGCCUGGAGGGAGGCAUGAUGGUCUCGGUGACGACGAGCGCGGAGAACAUGGCAGGAGCCGAUGGCGAUGGCUGCGAGGGAUUAUCCCGCGGAAAUCAUGAGAGAGAGGGAGGUGUACAUUUUCAGUGGAUUUAUUAUUGUCACUAGAGAUACCAGUAAUAUACAUAAGAUAUCAAGCCGGCGUUGUCGGGUAUCCGGUG